AUGCGUGGAGGACUUUUGAGAAGCCAUGGAGGCCCUGGGGCUAUUUUGGUGGAAGAUGUACCUACACCACCUUUGGGGGAGAAUCAGGUGGGUUUAAACUGCUCUACCCUACCCUACCCUACCCUACUCUACGCUACCCUACCCUACCCUACCCUACCCUAAUUUACCCUACCCUACCCUAUUCUACCCUAUCCUACCUUACCCUACCCUUGUAUUUUUAGGUAUUGAUCAAAGUCAAGGCUUCAUCACUGAACCGCAUUGAUGCUUUGAUCCGUGCUGGCCAAGUACCCAAUCCUCCGCAACUUCCCCUAGUGCUGGGAAGAGAUGGUGCUGGUGUUGUUGAGCAAGUAAGUACUUGUAUAUGUAAACAUAGGUUUUUGUAUAAUAUUUUAAGUAUGAAUGCUUGAAAUUAACCUCAAUGUUUACUUUUUAUGUUUCAGGUCAGCGAAAACGUGUUCAACUUCCACCCUGGAGAUCGUGUGUUCUUUGUAUCGAGCAGAAAUGGAGCUAAUGCUGACUAUGUUGUAGUUGAUCCUAACUUUGUUUUCCCAUUGCCAUCAAGUAAGCUUUACUACCCUCUAUGCGUACCUUUAUCCCUACCCCUAACCCUACCUUUCCUCCUAUCCCUACCCCUACCCUUACUCCUACCCUUACCCCUACCCCCACCCCUACCCCUCUCAACCCGAUUUACCACACCCUUUUUAGGAAUCUCCUUCGCCCAAGGUGCCACCCUAGGUGUAGCCUACUUUGCCGCCUACCGUGCCCUCUUCAUGAAGGCCGGAGCUCAAGCUGGUCAGUCCAUCUUCAUCCACGGCGUCUCAGGUGGAGUCGGAUUGGCUGCGGCUGAGCUAGCCAAAGUUCAUGGCCUGCGAGUGUUUGGUACGGCUGGUACACCUGAAGGAGAACAGUUGGCCAAGAAGUUUUGUGAAAAGGUCUGGAAUCACAAAGAUGCGUCGUAUGUUGAAACUGUCAAGAGUGAAUUUUCACAAGGUAUGGGUUUUUUAAAAUUUUAGGGUAGGUAAGGGUAGGGUAUGGUAGGGUAGGGUAGCUAAGGUAUAUUAAGGUAGGGCUUAAUAAAAUAAAAAAAAAUUUUUAACGUUUUUGUAAACAAAGUUCCUUCAGGCUUCGACGUGAUUCUAGAAAUGGUAGCUCACGUAAACUUGGCCAAUGAUUUGGAAUUGGCCGCACGGAACGGCCGAGUCGUGAUCGUUGGGAAUAGUGGAAACAUCGAAAUCAAUCCAGAUCAAGCCAUCGGCAAAGAAGCCUCGAUCGUUGGUCUUUACGCUGAUGACACUAAUGCUCACGUAAGUGAAGAAAUUUUAUUUACAAUUGUUUUGAAUUUGAAAAAACGCAAAAAUUUUAUUUACAGUUUUUUUGAAUUUGAAAAAACGCAAGAACUUUCUUUACAACCUCAUUUUAGGACUAUCAAAGAAUCGCCGAACGUCUGAUUGGUCUACUUGAAGGUGGUCACAUCACUCCAAUAGUUGGUCGCAAGUUCCAACUCGAACAUCUUCCUGAUGCUCAUAAUCAACUUGAAUCACCUGGUGCAACUGGCAAAAUCGUCCUGAUUCAUGAUCAAGAUGCCGAAGAAGGUGCUCAAGGCCAGUCUGGACAAGGUGAAGGAGUUCCAGAAGGACAUGGACUUCCAGAAGGACAAGCAGCUCCAGAAGGACAAGGUGAAGCUGGAGGACAAGGACUUCCAGAAGGUCAGGGACCACCUCAAGGUGAACAAGCCCCAGAAGGACAAGCAGUCCCAGAAGGCGGAGAAACGGUACCAGAAGGAGUUCAACAAGCACCAACAGACCCUUCAGCAGCACAAGAAGGACAAGAAGUACCAGAAGGAGCACCAGCAGAACCUCAACCAGCUCCAGAAGGCCAAGACGCUCCAACUCAAGACCAACCAGCCGCUCCAGAAGAAGACAAGCCAAUCCCAGCUCCAGAAGCUCCGACUGAACCUCAACCACAAGAAGAAUCUGGAGACUUGACUUUUGACGAUGUUACUCAUGCCGGCGACGCAAACGAAGUCAAAGACAGCUGA